AUGGACGGCCUGGAUGAAUUCGAAAAGUCGCUAGCGGCUGAGAAAGCAGCCCGCGACAAAACACAGCGGAGCCACGACGAUGGUCAUCGCAAACACAGGCAUCAUCAUCGACACGACCGAGACGACAGGGACAGACGUAGCGAAGAUCGACACCAUCACCGUCACCGACACCACGAAGACGAUGAUGGUCAUAGACAUAAGAGAAGCCGGCAUUCUCGCGACGAUCGAGAUGAUUCGCACCGAUCAAAACACAGACACCGUGAUGCCAGUAGAGAGAAGCAUUCAACCCGAGAACGCCGAAGUGACGAAGCUUCAUCUUCCCACAAACCUACUGAACCAUCCGAUACCCCCAUACGCGAUGCAUGGAUGACAGCGCCAUCCUCCAUUGAAGUCGAGCAUAUUCGCCGUGCAGAACAAAACAAGCCCAGGUCGCCGCCUAGGGACGAACCGAAGCGCAUCGUCCACUCUCGCGAACUUAAUCAGAGUAUACAGGACCUAAAUGAGGGACGGCUGUUAUCUGAGCUUCCACAACCCGUCGCUGAGAGAAACGUGGAUUACGUCUUUGGCGAUUCCGGCUCGUCAUGGCGCUUGACCAAGCUCAGAGGCGUAUAUACAACUGCCGAAGCAAGUGGUCGACCUGUUGAGGAUGUUGCGAUUGAGCGAUAUGGCAACCUGGAAGCUUUUGACGACGCACGGGAAGAAAAGGAAGAAAUGGAACGACGCAACAUAUACGGGAAAGGGUACAAAGAGAAAGAAAAACCGACAGGGGACUUGUAUCGCUCUCGCGACAGCAACGAGAAGCUCCCUCAACAAGUGGCACUGGAGCCAGACGCUGGAACAGUCAUACCAGAAGAGCCAUCACGAGUGGCACCUAUGGACCAAACAUCUCUUAACCGCCUCCGUGCACAAAUGAUGAAGGCUAAACUGCGCCGCGCAUCAAACGCUGCACAGCUGGAGGAGGAAUACAAUCGUGCCGCAUCUGGUGCACCACGAACCAACACUUCCGAAGCUGUGGUCCUCGGCAUAAUGGACAAUCGUCAGCUGGCGGGUACACGAGGCGAGGUCAAGGCCAUCGACAACAAGCGCGGCCGCGAGAGGGGACUUGUUGAGGAAAACAAUGACAUGUCUAUAGAAGACAUGGUUCGCGAAGAACGGCGCACCAAAAACCAAGCCGGCGGCGAGGGACUGCGCCUUGCCGAGCGCAUAGCCAAGGACGGCAAAUACGACAACGAUUUAGAUUACAUGGAUGAGAAUGCAGAAAAACUCGCCAAACGAGUACACAAAAGCGAAAUCAACCUGAAAAAUAUGGCGGUCAAUGAAUUCCAAAAGAUGAACCGUAUCCUUGAGAACUGCGCUCUCUGCCACCACGAAGAUAAGGGUCGACCACCCAUUGCACCCGUUGUAUCCCUCGGAACACGAGUCUUCAUUACGCUCACCACGGAACCAGAAGUUAGCCCUGGUGGAGCUGUAAUCGUUCCCAUCACCCAUCGCGGUAACCUCCUCGAGUGCGACGACGACGAGUGGGAAGAGAUUCGCAACUUUAUGAAGAGCCUGACACGCAUGUAUCACGAACAGGGCCGCGAUGUCAUCUUUUACGAAAACGCUGCUGCACCACAUCGGCACAUGCACGCGGCCAUGAUUGCCGUUCCCAUCCCUUAUGAGGAAGGCGCUACGGCACCAGCCUAUUUCAAAGAAGCAUUUCUCUCAAGCGAUGAAGAGUGGUCACAGCAUAAAAAGGUCAUUGACACAGCGGCCAAGGCACGUGAUGGAAUGGGCAGAAUGGCAUUCAGGAGGAGCAUCGCAAAAGAGAUGCCCUAUUUUCAUGUCUGGUUCUCACUGGAUGGUGGCUUGGGGCACAUCGUGGAGAACUCAGAUCGUUGGCCAAAGGGGGAUUUGUUUGCGAGAGAGGUACUGGGUGGUAUAUGUGAUACGGAGCCGCAUAUUAUCAAGAAGCAGGGUCGGUGGGUUCGUGGUGAUUCGCGAGUAGACGAUUGGAAGAAGGGAUGGAGGAAGUUUGACUGGACCCGGGUUUUGGAGGAGUGA